CGGACACGCGGCGUUCCCAGGACAACGAAACGCCAAACAAUCGAGUACACUUAGUUACGCCCCAGGUUAACUUCUGCGAGUUGGUCAUUCAAGGCGACUUUUCUUCUAAAUGUAUUUCAAGUUAAAUAAUAAUAACGUGUUUAAGAACUCGGCAGUUAAGAGGAGUCAGGUCCAAAAGGCGGAAUUCGACAGAAAGCACCGCAAACAUGAGUCGAAACUGGGAGCAGACCCAGAGGCAGAGGUUACUGUCUCAGCGGCAGAGUCAGGAGCAGCACAGACAGGAGGAGGCCCGGCGGGUAGACCGAGAGAGGCGGCAGCAGGCCAGUCUGCGGGACGAGGAGAGCUUUGAGAACAGGAGAUACCUGCGACAGGUGCAGCAGGAGCUCAAGGAGAGGGAGAUGGAGAGCGCUCUGCUGAAGGCAGAAGAGGAGAGAAUUAACAGAGAAAAGCAACUUGAACAAGAGGAGAGAAUGGCUAAGGAGUUGGCUCGCAUCAGCUAUGAGACGCAGAGAGAAGAGAAAAUGAGGCAGUAUAUUAAAGAGAACAGCAUGGAGCUUCGAGAGUUGGAGGCAAAGCUGAAGUCUGCAUAUCUGAAUAAGGAAAGAGCUGCACAGAUUGCUGAGCAGGAAGCUAUGAGGUUUGAGACAAUGCGUGAGGAGGCAGACUUUGCUCGCACGAUGAGGAGCGAAAAUGAGCGAACAGCCGUCGAGCAGCAGAAGCUGCAGCAGAAACGCCUCGAGGAGCAGGUGCAGUUUCAGAGAGAGCUGGAGCAGCAGCUCAUGGAGAGAGAGCGCAAGAGACAAGAGGCAUACGAGGAGUUCCUGAAAGAGAAGCUCAUGGUUGAUGAGAUUGUCAGGAAGAUUUACGAGGAGGAUCAAAUGGAGAGACAGCUGAAAAUGGAGAAGGUCAGAGCCACUCAGCAGCACAUUGAAGAAUUCAAGAGACAGCAGGCCGAAUGGAGACGCAUGGAGCAAGAACAGAUGGAGGCUGAGAACAGACGCAUCAUGGAGUUUGCAAGCCAUCAGCAGCACAUGGAGGAGACCAGAAUGGCUAAGAUGAGAGAGAGAGACGAAGCAAAGGAGCAACUUCGUAAAAUACUGUCUGAGAAGAUUAAAAAGGAGCAGCAGCAGCGUGAAGAGAUGGAACGAGUCCGUGAGGAACUUUACCUCGAAGAACAAGAAGAGGCUAACAGGCAGAGGGAUAUUGAAGAGAUGGAGAAGAAGAUCCGACAAAGACUGAUGAUGCAGCAGACUUGCCAAGAGCAGAUGGCUUUCAAAGAGAUGCGGAGGCAGGCAGAGAAAGAAGAAGAGGAGGCCUUCAGGAAAAUGAUGAUGGCUAAGUACGCAGAGGACGAUCGGAUAGAGCAGAUGAAUGCCCAGAAACGACGCAUGAAGCAACUCGAGCACAAACGCGAGGUGGAGAAACUGAUAGAGGGCAGAAGACGGCAACAUGAAGCUGACAUGGAACUGGAGGCCAAAGAAAGAGCGAUUGAACAGGAGAGGGAGGCGCUGCGUAGACGGAUAGUUGAAGAAGAGAGGCAGCGACUUCUUAAACAUCAUGCGACUAAGCUCCUUGGAUACCUUCCAAAAGGCUUACUUCGUGAAGAGGACCUGGAGCACUUUGAUGAAGAUUUCAGAAGAAACUUUAAAUCACGUCAGGCAGAUAUCUUCUCUGAAGACAGCUGGGAGGGAGAUGAUUAGAUUUGUUUCCCCCUGAAGUUGCACACUGUGCCUCUAGAUGGCAGAGUUACAGGUGACAGUGAAAUAAGUGUUGAGUUCUUCAGUUUGUAGUUUUUAUGAUAGGACUUGUUUGACAUUAAGUAACACAAUGAUUUUAGGACAUCUUUUUAUUAGAACUGUGCUGACAGGAUCUUGAUUAAAAUCAUUAAAGAAAAGAUCUGUGGUGGCUAAAUGUGAUAAUAAUAAAUCAAAUUACAUACAGAAAUAUCUUUUAAAAUGUAUCGAGGCACCAUCAAUCAACUUAUUUAUGACUUCCCCCAGUCCAGAGCUUUCAUGAACUCGUCUUCUGUGAAUGACAGCAGCUUGGCAGCUUCAAAAUGCAUCUGAAAAAAAACAAAAGUUACUUAAUUAUUUUGGUUAAA